GGGAGCUAACUGCAGGUCACGUGACCGGAAGACGAUGUCGGCUGGCGGACAAUUUAAAUAUCAGCGCUUGUUCACAUAGCUUUUCAACUGAUUGACUCUUAAUCAAGCUGACUCAAGGCAGCUGCACAUUUGAUUGAAUUUCCAGAGAAAACCACAGAGGUUUGGUAGAAACUAGCCAUGACACAAACAGUUACUAUCAAAGAGAUUCUCCUGCAGUGUCAGGGAGGGAUGCAGUGUCAUACCAAGCUAAUCAAAAUCUUGAAGAAAGUGUAUGCCACUAUGGGAAUAGAACGUUUUUGGGCUGAGUUCCAGCCUCUAUUGAAGUUUCCUAUGGUGGUCUACAACCGAGAACCAGCAGUGGAACGUACUAUUGACUUUGUGGCCAGAUUUGUCACAUCACUGGGAAUAAAGCACCCAGAUAAUGAGCAAAAAGAUGAUGAUACAGAAGACAACAAUAAGGUGGAAUCUAAUCCCCUUUUACAGCGGCUUUUUGACUUUCUAUUGGAGCACCACAGUGCCAAGGAUCGGGCAGUGAGGUUCAGAGUUUGUCAACUUGUGACCAAACUGCUGAGCAGCCUGGGGGAAGAAGCCAUGAUAGACGAUGCCCUGUAUGAGAGGAUUUUUCACUGUAUGCUGGAAAGGCUCCGAGACAAAACCCAUCCUGUUCGGGUUCAAGCUGUGCUAGCACUUGCCCGCUUGCAGGAUCCAUCUGAUGCAAACUGCCCUGUUAUAAAAGCUUUUCUGUUUCUCGUGGCACUGGAUCCUAAUCCUGAAGUGAGAAAAACAGUUAUUUCCUGCAUUGCUCCCUGCCUGAAAACACUCCCUGCAAUCUUAAAGCGAACGAGAGAUGCUAAAGAUACUGUACGUCAAGUGGCAUUCACUGUUAUAGCUGAAAAGAUUCCGCUGAAGGCACUUACUAUUGGACAGAGAGUCCAGCUACUUCAAGAAGGCCUUAACGACAGAGCAGAGGGUGUCAGAAAAGUUUGUGGUGGAAAACUUCUUCAAAAGUGGCUUUAUAGCUUCGAAGGGAAUGUGCUGGAACUUCUACACAGUCUUGAUGUGGAAAACUCCACAGACAUCUGUCAGCAGGUGUUGAAACAGUUUUUUACAGACACCCCCAUUGCUGAUCUUGUGGCUAAUUUCACCCUGCUUGAUGACCAAAAUCUGGUGCCAGAACAAAAGCUGUCCCCAGAGAAUGCCAUGUACUGGUGGUUGCUGUGUCAGCAUGUUCACCAGGCAGGCACUGAUUAUGAACAGUUCCUAGACGUAGUUUUACCAGCCUGCUUGCCAUUCACCAGAUACCUGGAAAGCGUCAUGAACCAGCUGAGCACAUGUGUCAACCUUGACAAGCAGUUGGAGCUGGAGUUCAUCCUGCAGCACUUGCUGCAACUCUUCAGCUGCAUGGACUUGACCGACCAGGCCUGCAGGAAACAUACCGAAAACAUACUACACAAAAUGCUGCUGUCUGAGCAUGUCAGCUACUCGCUGGUAAGUCACAUCAUUCCCUGCCUUCAUCUGCUGCACACCAGCACCAACUCCCUGGUCAAUUACCUUGCAGAGGUGGUCGCAGAGCUUCGACAACCCAUCUCUGUUGUGGAGAAAGCCAUCAGUGCUGAAGAGCAGCGUAAAGUAGACAUCCAGGUGGCCAAAGUGCGCGUGCAACUGAAUCAACUACGGGAGGAGCUGGAGGUGGCCGUUAAGCAGCAAGACUUUCAGAGAGCUGCUGAACUGAAGACGUCCAUCAGUCAGUCAGAGGCUGAAAAGUCGUCGCUGAUGGAGGCCAAGGAGCCAGUUUUGGAGGAGAUCAAGAGUGAGAAGAAUGACACACCUACCUUGCUGAAGUGCCUGACUAUCAUCUGUGAAAUGUUGGAGACAUUUCCCCUGCAAACUCUGAGUCCUACCUUGUGCAUGCUGAUGGAGAGUCAGGUUUUGCCAGGAAUGGCAAGUAAAGAACCUGCUGUCCGGAACCUGGCUGUAAAAGCUAUCGGUCUUUGUUGUCAACUCAAGUGUGAUAUUAUUAUGCUUCAUCUGCCAGUUUUGAUGCAGGCAUCACAGGUAGACGUGGAAUGUGUUCGAAGCACAGCACUCAAGUCCCUCUUUGAUCUCAUUCAUAUUUAUGGACUGGGAGCCUUUGUGGACGGCCAUGAUACUCACAAAAAAGGAAGUGUUGAUGACUCAGCUGAUAACAGUCGCGACCUGAUGGAUAGCAAAGUAGAAGAUACUGAGGACUUCCAGAAGGCUGAUGAUGAGCAAGUUAAGAGAGACUACUCAGAGUCUGGGUGGAGCAAAACGGCUGGAAACCUCGUUGCCAUUUUGAGUUCAUUGCUUGAUAGUGAGACAGGAGAGCUUAGAAAUGUGGUGUCUGAGGGGCUGGCCAAGCUUCUCAUGUCAGGCAGAGUGUUUUCCUCCACCCUCCUCUCACAUUUGUUGCUGCUGUGGUACAACCCAAUGACCGAGGAUGAUGCUCAGCUUCGUCAUACCCUUGGCACUUUUUUCCCUGUCUUUGCCUUCACCAACAGUUCCAACCAGCAGCUGCUCGAAGAAGCCUUUCUUCCAACACUUCGCACAAUUCUAAAUGCUCCAACUACAUCUCCUCUACAUGACAUCAAUACCACCAAUGUGGCAGACUUCUUGGUGGAACUGACUCAUGCCCAGCGAUUAGUUUUCAACCAGAGCAGCAAUUCUCCCGUGCGGGAUAAUCCUUGUCACGACAGCAUUGCUGUAAAGGUGUGUAAUGAGAUUCUCUCAAAUCCAGACUCGUUCCGACUCAAACUGUGGGCACAUGUUUUAAACCAGCUUUCUCUCAGUCCCGACAGCCAGGCUCAUCUUAAAGACCUCAGUACCUUGUGCCAGCAAAUUCUUGAGACAGUAAAGGAAAAGCAGUGUAUUAAGGCAAUAGAGAAAUUCCACAAGACUGUACUUGAGAUGCUUGAGUCCCUGCAUCCACAAGCCACUUCAAGCACCACACUGGCAAACAUGACAGCUUUGACAACUCAAGCUACGGCAGAAGGCAGAGGUGAUGACACCGGAGCUGGUGGUGCAUUGGUACAACCUUUAUCCACAACUGCACGUAGGAGAUGUCGAGCUAAAACCACAGCCACACCAAACACACAUGAACCAAAUCCAACACUAACAGCAAAGUCUACAGGAAGAAAGGCAAGAGGCAAGAAAACUGAGAUCAGUGAGGUCAGUGAGCUCAACAGAAGUGUGUUCACCACACCAGCUCACCGCCAGGCCAUGGAGAACAAUGAGGAGGAGUUUGAAAACUUGCGUUGCAACCUGGAAACCAUGCUCCUUGAUGGCGUGAAAACCCCAAACAAUCGUGCCAGAACUCCAGGCAACAAAAGGGCGCUCCACACAGCUCAAGAUGCAAAUGCCAGGUAAACGUUGGACAGAGAUGACCUUUCACCACUUCCCUCCCCACUCCCGAAUCCUACUUUGGCAGGCAGUGGUUUCUUCACCCCCUCUCCCUCAGGGUAGGAUGUGCGUCCCACGUCCAGCAGAUAGUGGUGCAGCUCUGCUACUCCUGGACCAUCAUUGUGCGCAUUGAUGCGGCUACUUCAUCAGCCAGAACGGCAGCAGUGAGCGUUGGAUGAAGGAACUGUGAGAUUACCCGGUCUUCCCUGGCGCAUACGAAUUCGCAUGAAAUGUUGUUGCUGACUCCGUGUUUAAAGUCUUGCUAUUGCCAUAUGACAUUUGCAGUACUCUCGUCUUCUUUUUGUCAAUAAUACUUUAUCCUUUUUGUACA